AUGUCUACAGCAGCAAGAAGAAGAUUAAUGAGAGAUUUCAAACGUAUGAAAGAAGAUGCACCACCGGGAGUUUCAGCAUCACCUUUACCAGAUAAUGUGAUGGUAUGGAAUGCCAUGAUUAUUGGACCAGCAGAGACACCAUAUGAAGAUGGUACUUUCCGAUUAUUAUUAGAAUUUGAUGAAGAAUAUCCGAUAAACCGACCUCAUGUUAAAUUUUUAAGUGAAAUGUUUCAUCCAAAUGUUUAUGCUAAUGGUGAGAUUUGUUUAGAUAUUUUACAAAAUAGAUGGACUCCAACGUAUGAUGUGGCGUCCAUUUUGACUUCUAUUCAAAGUUUGUUCAAUGAUCCAAACCCAGCUUCACCGGCUAAUGUGGAAGCUGCUACUUUAUUUAAAGAUCAUAAAUCUCAAUAUAUCAAACGAGUGAAGGAAACUGUAGAGAAGUCUUGGGAAGAUGACAUGGAUGAUAUGGAAGAUGAUUCGGAUGAAGAAGAAGGAGAAGAAGAAGGUUCAGAUGGAGAUGGCAGUGUAUAG